AGGAAAGCUAAACUCUAAACUCAGCACAGAAGAAGAGCGACAGGAACAGGCUGAGCUGUAAAUUGAAAACAGAAAUGGCGCGGCGAAUGUUUAUAUUUAGCACUGUAACCAGGAAAAGGUUACAUAUGCCAGCUGCUUGUGAAGUCAACUAUAUGACAGGAGAGUUUCAACACGCAAAAUAAUGAAGUCACGAAGAACAACGAGUGUGUAGCCGAACGAUGCUAAGUGAACUACGGCUAGCCAAACUGUUUAUGUCGGUGGUCCAUUGGUAUGCGACCUUAUUUAUACUGCAGUGCCUUUUACAUGCGCUACAACGCUAAGGGGCGUGUUCUUUAGUCUUCAAAUAUUAGAAGUGAAUCAAAGUAAGAUUAUUAAUACACGUGGAAACAGGAUAUCCACAGAAACCUUUGACCAUGUCAUGCAAUGGGAAAGCCAUACCUCACACCCCGUUGGCUGUAGACUUUUGGCAGGUUCGGAAGUGUCCAGGUACACGGUUGUUUUUCCUGUCCCAUAUGCACAGCGACCACACGGUGGGUUUAAGCUCCACCUGGACCGACCGGGUCAUCUACUGCUCUCCGACCACGGCUACUCUGCUCAGACUCAAACUGCAGGUCAAAGAACAGUGGAUCCAUCCUUUAGAGGUGGGGGAGCCGCACCUGCUGCCACUAGAUGACAUCAGCAAGGAGAGGCUGACAGUCACACUGAUAGACGCCAACCACUGUCCAGGAUCAGUCAUGUUUCUCUUCGAGGGCUACUUUGGCUCGAUACUGUACACUGGCGACUUCAGAUAUACUCCCUCCAUGCUGCGUGAGCCAUGCUUGAGGACCAACACCACUAUAGAUAUCCUUUACCUGGACAACACUAACUGUGACCCAAACCGCACCCUCCCCACCAGACAGCGAGCUACUCAGCAGAUCAAAGAAAUCAUCCGCAGCCACCCAAACCACAAUGUUGUCAUAGGCCUUUAUACUUUGGGUAAGGAGUCCCUUCUUCUGGAGCUUGCCAUGGAGUUCAAAACCUGGAUUGAAGUGAGCUUUGAGAGGAUGGAGACCCUGAAAGCUCUGGAGCUGCCUGAUGUCUUUACGACUGGAAUCGGAGCUGGUCGUAUCCGUGUGGUGGAUCAGUCAGCAAUCGUGUCUGCUGCUGUACAACAGUGGAACAAAGAACAACCUACUUUAGCCAUCAUACCCACCAGCAGGGUGCUGGUCUCAUGUCACCCCAACAUUCAUGUGGUGCCCUACUCUGACCACUCCUCUUACCAGGAGCUGGAGGACUUUGUCUCAGCGUUAAAACCUACUUCUAUUGUCCCCAUUGUAGGAAACUAUGUACCUGAAAGCAUCUCAGCCUUACUGCCCAGAAAGAAGCGCCAUGAAAUCCUGGUGCCUGAGUCUGUCCAACGCUACAUGUCAAGACAGCCAGAGAGCACUCUUAGCUCGUCAGCAUAUACCACCCUUCAACGCAGACAUUUCAGACCUCUUGCUCCUAAAGGUGUGAUAUUUGAGUCUCCUGUAAGGGGAUCCAUGAAGUCCUGCAAAGAUGCUUGGGAGGCAGAGAGCCUGGAGGAAGAUGAUUCUGAGGACGGGCUGAACACUGAAAGUAGUGAAAAGGAAUCUGAAUGUAUCAGCAUAGACCUGACCAAGGAACUCACAGCUAACAAACACAUAACAGGGGCAGGAGACAUGUGGAGCCUGAACAUCAUUGAGACAGUGUCUGAGGAGCUGAUUUCUGCAGAGACGGAGCCUCUCAGUGAACUCACCCAUAUUAACUUUGCUCCAGUGGAGCUCCUGAAACACACAGAUGCCUGCCUGAAGCCUGCCAGGACCUGGAGAAAGCCUUUCAAAACUAAUGCCAAAAUAAUCAGCGAGACUGUGAUAAAUGAAAACUACAGACACCAGCCUAAAAGACAUGAAAAUGCUGAAAGUAACCACAGUUUGUCAGACACUGACAGCAUGUGUCAGCACAGUGCACAAGGAAUUGAUCAGGAUGACGGCAUCAUGUCAAAUUUUUAUUGCACGGGUCAGCACAAUGGACAUGGAAGCGAUCAAAGCGACAACGUGACACUACUGCAAAAAGGCUUGGAUGACAGUUCGUGUACAUCAUCAAGCUCUGCGAUUAAGGUGCAGGAGGAGUACCUCGAGGAGCUUGAAAACAGGGUUUUAGGGAAUCUUCUCUUCUCAGAGGAGGACUUUCAGGCAUGUGGCCUCCUACAGAAAAACUUUGUGAAACAGUUUCGUCUCUGUCCUUUGAUUAAUGAAGAUGACGUCUCAGAAACAUAAUGUGACCUGACAUUUUUGCCACUCAGUGGAGGCCUUUUUUGUCUUCAUGUGUAGAGAGAAGCACUUUAUGGCUGACGUUGCAUAGUAUUUUCUCAUCAGUACUUUCCUGAUUUAUAAAUAUUGUUUUUGGUGCCUCUGUUUUGUGUGGAUGGCCUUGAAUUUAUAAAGCCGGCUUUUGGAUUUGACUUGAGGUGAUUGGCAAACCUUUACCCCAUCUUUCAUCGUAGCAGCCCCGGAUAAGAAAAAAAUCUUGAUUAUCAGUGAUAACGGUUUAGACAGCCUGCCGGGGGCAGAGGAAUGGUUUACAGAGUUUUGUAUUUCUGGUCUGUAAAUAAUGGUUUGUCACGAUAGCCAAAGCUAAGGACUAUUUCUACACUCUACUUUUUGCCCACAGAGCCAACUUUCUUGAAACACUGGUCACUUUUUUUGGCCUUGAACCUUCUGUAGUUGAAAAUAAAACUAAUAGUACUUUGUUAAAUACUUUCAAAUACCGAAUUGUAGAUUCAGUUUUAGCCUAAAUGCUGAAAUAGAGAGAGAAAAAGCUUCAAAGCAAAUCAUUUGUGCCAUAUGACAGAUCUGCCUUGUAGUUAAUUAUUGUUAAAGUACUAUUUAAACUUUCUGUGAUUGUCUAAACUGUAUGCCUAUCCAAGUUUGAGAAGUGUGUGCGUGUGUGUGUGUAAAAUAAAGUAAGAAUAGUAAUUGUUCAUGUAUACUCUUAAGCAGCUGUGGAAGGUUUUUGUUGUGACGUGAAACAAAGCUGAGCAGCGCUGUCAUUUUAACACAGAUGUUUGUUUAAGCAGCUUGACAAAUAACAACUCGAGUAUAAUUAUUUGGGGUCUACAUGUCUUAAUUUACUUGUAUAUGUGUUUUAAAAAUCUACCUGUAUUAUCAUGAAGGUUGUGUGUUUCAUUGAUCUCAUGCUCUGUUCUACCAACUUUUAAGAGUAGCUGCUAUUAUUCAUUUUUAAGUUUGCUUCAUUGUUGUAUGCAGCUCGGCUGCUACAGAAGUGUACAGGUAAUUGGUACAUUUGACGUAUAGAUAACCUUUUCUCUCAGUGCUCAUAUGCACUUUUUGUUGUGAGUAACUGCACACUGUAUUUACCGUCAUAUUUAUUGUUAAUGAAAAAAGCAGCAUGGUUUGUUUAAGAUUCGAAACUUUCACUUCUGAGGGAUUCAUUUCGUGGGAAGUAGCAUAAACAUAGUUUUUAGCUGGAAUACACCCAACCAGUAUUUCUGUUGAACACAAGCCUUUUUGUGUGAAUUACUUCCUUAAUAAAUGUUCUUCUAUUUGCAUAUAAA